CGCAAACGUUCGACGUGACGCAGCGCACGGUUUUAGUCAGUGUAUAUGUUUUGUGUACUGUUUAUUGUUUAGCCACAUAGCCCUUAAGUCUUUUAACUUUUUACAAUAAUUGAUGUUUGUUUCGCUAUAAACGUGUCCCAGAAACUUCGCCAUGAAGACAGAAAAUCAGAGCACCAAUGAUCCAGUAUGGACAGGCCAUGUAGAGCUUCUCUCUCAAGAAGAAUGUUUACCAGUAAUAGGUACUUGCCAAGUAACUUCAAUUCUACAGAAUUUCGAUACCUCUGAUCCUCAAAAUAUGGAUUUGAUAAUACUGCCUCCUACAGAUUUGAAACUAUCUCUAGUAGAUAAUGCUUAUGAUGCGUCAACGCCAAACAACUAUGUCAUUUUGAAAGACAACGGAACACCUACUAAUACAACGAAGAAGAUCAAUAAAAGCAAAGCAAUCAGAAAAAAUGAUAAAUAUGAUGAAAAUAAGAAUGAUAAUUAUGAAAACAUGUUAUAUUUUGUUUGCAAUUUAUGUCCAUUCCUCUGUACUAAUGAUGUGAAGAUCAAAGAACAUUUGGAAAAUGCCCAUAAAAACAAGGCUGUAAUUAAGCUACCUAAACUAAAAUGCCCUGCAUGCCCAAAUAUUUUUUAUCAUAGAAUGUCACUGCGAUCACAUCUAAUUCAUGACCAUGGAGUUGGAAACUCAGAUUUGAGUCAGAUAAUCCAAGCUGUAUUAUAUUAUUCUAGUAAACAAAAAGAAAAUAAGCAGAAAACUAAACCUACGAAGGUCAAGCCAGCAUCACCACAAGUUGAGAAACAUCUUGUUCAAUUAGAUAGUAUUGAUGAUCAUGAUAAUAAUGAUUCCAGUGAGACUGUACAAAACGAAGAAAGAAUAUCUCUUCCUCAAUUAGAUAUGGCCCAGAACAGCUCAGAAAAAUUGAUAAGCUGCUUGAUGAAGCAGUCAGAUCCAGUAACAAAAUGCAUUGAUUCUAAGUCAAAUAAAUGCAUAGUUAUUGGUUGCAAACUUGGUUUCCAAAGUGUUGACAAGUUAAAUUAUCAUUUACAUUGUCACACAGAAGAUGGAUUUAAAUGUCACACUUGUGGUGAAAACUUUCCACUAUGGAGACCUCUGACAUCACAUUUAUGGAGGAUGCACAAAAUUGACAUGAAUUUGUAUGCAUGUGAUAAGUGUGAUUAUAAGACAGUCAGCCUUUCUAAGCUGAACAAUAUUCACAAACUUAUACAUGGUGAAGUCAAAGCAUUUGGCUGCAAUAUCUGUAGUAAAACAUUUAAAAACAGUAAACAAUUAAGGAAUCAUAAAAUUACUCAUCAAGAUAAAACUAAAAAAUCCCAGCACAUAUGCCAAGAGUGUUCAAAACAAUUUGCAGAUAAAAGGCAUUUGAGAAUACAUAAUGAUGUUGUACACAAAAGAUUGAAACCAUUCUUGUGUAAUUUUUGUGGAUAUAAGGGACCUUCAAAGAGUUCAUUGAAGAUGCAUAUUAGGCAGCAUACAGGUGAAAAGCCAUUUGAAUGUGAUGUCUGUUCUUAUACUACAUCAGAUCACAAUUCCCUUAGAAGACACAAGUUUAGGCAUACAGGCCAUAAACCUUACAAAUGUUCCUAUUGUUCAUAUGCAUGUAUCCAGAGUAGCACCUAUAAGACACACCUGAAGACAAAACACCCAGGACUGGAGAAUGAUCAUCUGUUCAUCUGUGCUAAAUGUCAAUUCAGGACUGUCAGUAAGGAUAUUCACAUGUCUCAUAUGGUGACUGUACAUAAGAUGAAAUCACAGAAUGCAUUGAAAGUUGGUUGAAAAAAAUGGGUGAGGUACAGUUUAUUAAUAACAGAUGUUUCAGUACAUACAUGUAAGGUACACUAAUCUUAUAUGUGUCUAAGGUACAAAACAAAAAUACACCUAUAACAAUUGUAAUUUUCUUUUAAUUAGGAAGUGGCAGGAAUGAUUAACAAAAAAUAUAUUUGGACUGAUGUGACUGCAAUGUUUUUGUGAUAUUUUUAAAUUGUGAAUAAUUAUAUUUAGAUGUUAUCAAUAUAAAGUUUGUUUUAUUACUAGUUUUUGCAAAUAUCGUUGAACAGUGAAUCAACAAAUAGCAAUAACGAGUGAUACAGGAAGUUGAGAUUAUGGGUGGCCAAAGGAAUUUUUCUCAGAGGGGAUCAUCAGCAAGACAUUUGUGAAAGUGAAAGAAACUUUCUGAAGGGCAAAAGUCUAUCUGC